AUGCCAAGCACCAAGGCAGGACAGAAGCGGAGGGGCUCCACGGAUUCCCCUGGCCUGGGCCCUUCCCAGAAGGUUUCGCGUACCUCUGAAAAAGCCAAUGCAGCAUCAGCUGCUGCAGCAGCGAACAGCAACGCAGGGGGAUCGUCAGCUCUUGCUCAGCUGGCGAAGCUGUCUACCAUCGUUGCAGACUCCGCAGAUUUUGAAGCCAUUAAGGAAUUCAGCCCUACAGACGCCACCACCAACCCCACCCUCGUGCUACAAGCUGUGCACAACCCGAAGUAUAAGCACGUUUUAGAAAAGGCAGUCAAAGAGGCAAAAGAAGCCACCAAGGGGAAACCUGCCGAUGUUACAGUGGAGGAUGCAGUUGAUCGUGUGUUGGUCUUCUUUGGAAUGGAACUCCUGGAGAUUAUUCCGGGCCUCGUCAGCACCGAAAUACCAGCGGAUCUUUCCUUUGAUCAAGAAGGGUCAGUGGAGCGCGCUCGCCGCAUAAUAAGUUUGUACGAGGAGAAGGGGAUAUCUAGAGAAAGAAUUUUAAUUAAAAUCGCAGCAACUUGGGAAGGAAUUCAGGCGGCAAAGCAGCUUAAAGAAGAAAAUAUUAAUUGCAAUAUUACUCUCCUCUUCAGUCUCUGCCAGGCUAUAGCAGCGAGCGAUGCGGGUGCGUAUUUGGUGUCUCCUUUCGUGGGCCGCAUUUUAGAUUGGUAUAAAUUGAAGGACCCAAAGGCUUCCUUUUCAGGUGCUGACGACCCUGGAGUAAAGAGCGUUAGGCAGAUUUAUAAUUAUUUUAAACACUUCGGAAGCAAAACAACCGUCAUGGCGGCCUCCUUUAGAAACACAGACGAAAUUCUGCAUUUGGCUGGGUGCGAUAAACUGACGAUAUCGCCCAAGUUGUUGGAGGAGUUGAACAAAUUGAAGGACAAAGAGGUGUCAACCCGGCUGUCUGUACAGUUGGCUGCAAAGGAAAAGAUACAGAAAUUAGAUAUAAAUGAAAAGAAAUUUAGAUGGAUGCUCAACGAAGACGCAAUGGCGACUGAGAAACUAGCAGAAGGAAUACGAAAUUUCUCUGCCGAUAUGAACAAACUAAAAGAAUUAAUUAAACAACACAUGUAA